AUGCAUUCAGCAUAUGCCCCGACUGGUUCGGUCGCAGGGGCUGGUCCCUCUCGACCACGUCUCGAACCACCCAAUUCUGAAACUCGGUCUGAUUUACCACCGAAACAAAGGAAGCGACGACGACUACAGUUUUCCUCGCAACUCCACAGCAACACUGUCCAGCGAUACAACCCUGACGGCACCGAGACUGUCGAAUACCUGCACCAGCAAUCGACACAACGGCUCAAGCGCAAAUGGGACAGCAUCUUUGAACGCUUCAAAGAUGCACACUUGCAGGAGCAGGACGAAAUUUACCUCGGUAAUCGUGCCAAUGGCGAACCCAUCGUCGUUGUCAAAGACAGGGGUAGCCUUAGGAGCUUGAGACAGAGCAUGGAGUUUGGCGUCUUUAUCAAAGAUGAAGAGCUUCAAGGCUGGAAGGAACGACCCGAAGCUAGAGAGACACAGGAACAAGACAACGGAUACGAGGACGAUUUCGAUCCAUCGCAUGCGCCUUUGCUUCGAUUACAACUCGCAGGCGCUUCAAGUAGCGAGUCGGAAGAGGAAGAGGAUGACCCCGCUGCCAAUGACCCAGACCUACGCGAAUUCUUGCAGGCCGAGGCGCGGCGGAAAGCCAUGCUCGGCGAAUCAGGUGAUGAUGAGGAGGAUGAGGUCGUCGACUUUGCCCAUCCCUUAUCGAGCGCCCAGGUUACCGCGCGUAUCGCUCCACAACCUCUUGUCGAGUCAGCACCUGCCCCAGUCGGCGCAUCAGAUCGCACUGCAGCGCAACCUCCAUCAAUAUCGGGCGCACCCGACCUGAUCAUCUCAUCUUCCGAGGACGAAGACGACACAGAUGUAGUGACAGUCCACAGCGACUCGGAUGAAGAGCUGUUCGAUUCGAUCCGCACCAAACGACAAAACAUCGAGGAGCUUGUUCAAUGCACCACACCUUUUGAGACUUUGCCUUACAACGACAUUUUCGCUCUAGCCGACCUGCUCAAGAUUUCUGACAACACUUCGCGUCUCUACGUGGAUCUCGUAUCGGAUGACGAGGAUCAAGACGUGAGCAAGCAGAUACCUGAGGACGAUGUACUCGAACUUACUGCCUCCUUGCCCAAUCCUCUGCUCCAAGCUCUACCUUCCAAGACAGCAUCUGCUGAUGGAACCGUGGUCGAGGUCAACCAUCCGGUACGUGACACGAACCCUGUAGCUAUCGACAAUCUCUCGCCGAUUUCCUCCCUCUUCGCCGACGCACCUUCCUCGCCAUUAUCAGAAUUGCCACCCUCUCGAGCAUCUUCGGCUGCCCUCAACGCAUCGGCAUCGACACAAGCUUCAGCUUCCACCGAGGCUUCCUCGCAUAACGCGAAUGGUGUUGCGAUCAUCGCUGACGCAACAUCCUCGCCAUCCUCGCCAUUGUCGCCUUCCCAAGCAUCGUCGAUUGCGUCCAACGCAUCAGCAUUGACGCAAGCCGCAUCACCCUUCCAAGCUCGCUCGCCCAAGUGCAAUGCGCCAACAUCGAUGCGAGCUAUAUCACCCUUUGAAACACCUCGAUCCAUGCCGAAUGAUGUUGGCACGGCGACCGACGCAUCCUCUUCGCCAUUAACGCAGUUGACGCCCUCUCGAGCUUCGUCGAUUGCUGCGAAUGCGCCGGGAUUGACGCCAGCUGUUCGAUGCUUGGAAACACGCGCGCUUCCGUAUAGUGUUGGUGUCGUUGACCGAACUCCCGAGCGUGUAGCGGCAAAGCCGCUUGAUUUCGCACUAUCUUCACCAAGCCGGCCUGUCGCUGCGCCGGCUGUAUCACUGCCCACGUUACAAUCGGAUCCGAUAGAGCCAGCAACAUUGGAGCGAACCGAACACGCUUUGUAUCACGAUACGCAUUUUCCACGAGCAACGCCGACACGCCAUCUAGAAUCGGAGCGCGAUAUGGGAACGUCAACGUCUACCGCACGCUCACCCUUCAAGAUCUCGGCAUCGUGCAGUGCACCGCUCUUCCGGUCGCAUCUUGAGCGCAGUCGGUCACGCUCCAGCUCGGCAAGUGACAAACACAGCGCGCCACGUUCGAGUCCGCUACGCAAAAAUCACGCUCGUCCGUCCAAACAUGCUCAUGGUACUCGUCGUAAAUCGCUCGCGAAUCCCACGUGUGGCGGACCGGGAAGGUGCAGCAAGACUUUCUGCUUCGACUGUGCCUCUUCUCCACAUGCUUGA